UUUGUAAUAAUUGAAAUUAAUGUUUGCAGAUUUGAUGGGAAAGAUUUUCUGUGGAGAAUGAGGGGAAAACAUAUAAUGUUCGUCGGAGAUUCAGUUAGUGACAAUCAUUGGCAAUCGCUUCUUUGCCUUCUCCAAUCCUCCGUGCCCGGUUCCAAUAUGAUCACCGUCCCUAAUAAUAAUACCGCAAUCUCUACCGUCAAAUUUCAGGUAUGCAUGCAGGGAUACGACGUUUGGAUCUCAGUAUACCUAACGCAUUAUCUAGUAGACAUCGAAAACGAGAAGAUCGGUCGAGUUUUGAAUCUAGACUCGAUUAAAGCCGGAGAGACGUGGAAGCAAGCCGAUGUCUUGAUCUUCAACACUUGGCUUUGGUGGUACCGCAGCGGACCGAAGCAACCGUACGUCGUAUUUAAUUUUGCAAAAUGCAGGUGGGAUUAUAUUGAGAAUAAUGGGAAGAUAGUGAAGGAUAUGGAUAGGAUGGCUGCAUUCCGUAAAGGAUUAGAGACAUGGGCAAAAUGGGUACAAACAGAUGUUAAUCCUUCUAAAACCAAAGUUUUCUUCCAAGGAAUCUCUCCAUUCCAUUACCAUUGUAACAAAAUUAAUUAUAUUAAAUUUCUUCUGAUUUUUUUUAUGACGAACGACAGUGGGAAAGAGUGGAACGAGCCAUCGGCGACAAAUUGCUCGAACGAAACAACACCGGUGAACGGAACAACGUAUCCAGGUGGCGCACCAUCAGCACUGACUGUACUGAAACAAGUACUGAACACAAACACUUCACCGUCGAAACCAGUGCAUUUGCUGGAUAUAACUCUUUUGUCGCAGCUGCGAAAAGACGGACACCCGAGCAAGUACAACGGCUUCCAUGGAAUGGACUGCACACAUUGGUGCCUUGCUGGCGUGCCCGACACCUGGAACACGAUUCUCUACUCCGAGCUCCGAUCGUAAUUCGUUGCGUCAUUACUUACUUUGCAUGCAUAGACGAAUUUUUGUCGGAAUUAUAGACAUUAAUUUAUGUGAUAAUAAUAAGAUGAUCAACUUAUAGUA